GCCCAUUCAAUUCAUAUAAUGAAAUUAAACGCCGCGCUCUUCUUCUUCCCGACGCCUCUGCACAUCCGUCGCCGCUUCUUUCUCUUCCAGCAACAUGUUUACCAAUGAUCAGAGACAAAAGGAGCGCACCGGAAAAUAUGGAUCUCCGAGAUUGCAAUAUCUUCAGGAACUGGUUGCACAAUUUCAAAAUGCAUCUGAUGAAGAAACAAAAGAGAAAGUUGUUGCUAGUUUGGGGAACUUUGCUUAUGAUCCUUAUAAUUAUACAUUCUUCCGUCAGCUAAAUGUUUUGGAGCUUUUUCUGGACUGCCUAACUGAGUCCAAUGAGAGGCUUGUGGAGUUUGCAGUCGGAGGAAUUUGCAAUGCUUGUGCAGAUCCAACAAAUGCUGCGGUUGUCAUCCAAUGCGACGGUAUUCCUCUUGUCAUCCAAUGCUUAUCGAGCCCUGUUAGAAACACGGUGAAUUACGCAAUUGGAUCUCUGUACUAUCUGUGUAGUAGUGCAAAGGCUGAGGAUGAAAUUUUGAAACCAGAGGUAGUGGAUGCUAUGAAAAGGUUUACAGCAGCUGGUGCGAGCUUUAGCAAUCCAGCACGGGCGUUCUUGGAUAGGUACGUUACGUCUCUCAACGAAAAAUAGGCUUGUGUUACAGCAUGUAAGUAUAGCAGAUAAGUUUAGUUUCACAUCUCCUGAAUUUUUGAGCUUGUAAGUUGGAAAUUAUGAUCCUACAUGACAUGAAUGAGAGCAAGAGGCUUAUCAGAUGAGAAAUCAUGAAGAUUAUUUUCUUUUCUUCUAAAACAUUUCAUUUUGUAUAUUUUUUUAUUGUAAAAUGUGAAAAUUUAUUGGAAAGAUACAUUUCUGUGUUAAUUGAGGUGACAAAAGUCACACAA